AUUUUGAAGACGAUCUUGAAGAAAUUGAUUUGGAUUUAGCGAAGCUUUCAAAGGAACUAGAAUGUGAACCACUGUUAAAGUAUUUACAUUUUAAUAGUUGUAAACAAGAAUGCGAUCCCAUUAGCGGAAUUCGCGAUAAGCCAUUUUAUUGCUCUCGAGGAGCGGGUUGA